UAAAAUCGACUUCCAAAAUGCCCACCCAAAACUAGCCAACGGCUCUUCACUGGAACGAACCGUACGGAUUUCUCUCUCUCCUGAAUUUUGCGCGAUUUCGUUUCGUAUAGUGUUGAUUAGGUUUUACUGCGCAGUGUUUGCAUUAGAAUGAAUUUCUAGUCUCUCGUGUUGUGUCUCUUCUUUCUCAUCGAGUCCUCCAUCUUCUGCAACUGAUUAGGGCGUCAACACUAUUAUAAUCAUGAAUGCUCGAUUGAUAGUUUUUCCAGUCAAAGGAAGGAACUGGUGUUUUAGCAGAUCAGGCAAUCCUUCAGCUAUUACUAUCGAGUCUGAAUCCCAUUCUGCUCGAUCUUCUUCCACUUUGAGAGAUCUUUGGAAGAAAAUCUCAUCUAAUGGGAAACCAGUGAAUGAGAAUGCCGAACUUGUUGUUGACUUCAUCUCUGAUAAGAUGAAUCGAGCUUGGAUUGGCUUCGAGAGGGCUCCUGCCGGAAGUUUAAAAAAUAAGAUACAUGGUUUGGGACUGCAUCUUUUAUCUGGUGUUAAACCCUCUGAGAUUCUGUUGAAAUCCAUUUCUAAGGAUGUCAAGAAGAUCGAAAUUACCUAUCCGAAGAGCUUAAAUCCACGUCUGGUACGCCGAAGGUUAAGACAUAUUGCUUUGAGGGGAACUAAAAUUCAUGGGAAAUAUUUCUAUGGUUCUAUUACAUUGCUUCCAUUCACCACUGCUUUCACUGUUCUGCCAUUACCUAACAUCCCAUUCUUUUGGGUCUUAUACCGUACAUAUUCUAACUGGAGAGCUCUCAAGGGAAGUGAAAGGCUUCUUCUACUAGUCUCAGACGGCUCAGCAAUAUGGAAUCCAGUCCUGACAAAUGACAAUGUGAAGGAAUUCUCGAACAAUGAUUUUGACUGCGGAGCCUCUAGUUUGCUCAGUCUAUCAUGGGUAAGGAGUUUCCACUUGUAAUUAUCCGAAAAUUAAACUCACCUCGAGAUAGGAGACGUGCAAGGAAUUAAUACCCUGCUCUGUCCCCCGUAAUUUUUUUUAAUUUUUUUUUGCCGGGAUAUCUGAACUUUUUUUGCUCAUGACAUACAUUUCUUGUUCAUAGUCCUUCAUUGGGGGUUGGAGGAAUAAGAUGAUGAAAAGGAGUUUUAUAGGUGGCAUGCCAAAUCACUGAAGAGUGUGUAAGCUAUUUAGUAUACAGGGCAUGAAGCUAUGGCUAGGUAAUGCAACUUAGGGUUCUGAAGCCCUGAUGUGGGUAGCUUUGGCCCCACCAAAGUGAAUAAAUUCCAAAUAUAAAAGAGCAGUGGCAAUUCUGUAAAUUCUGAAGUAGUUUGGGACCCUUUUGGUAGGGAUGAACAGGAAUAGGGACCAAAUGGAAAAAUAAAAUUGAAGGAAAGGACCAAACUGGAGUUUUAAAAGAAGACGGGGGAUAAAACAGAAUACAAUUCAAGAAAGAAGUACUUUUGUGUAAAUUUAACAAAAUCUGUCAUUUGUAAUCUCCGGAGUCUAAUUCAUCUUCAACCUCACGAUUGACAAACCUGCGGUGGCCUGGUUGCGGAUGAAAAAACUCUUCCAAUCAAAGUUCAAAUGACCUGAGGACCACUAACUCGAAGACCUGAAGAUUCCAAAUGACAAUCACCUAGAAUAACAAGUAAUAAGAUAAUAUUUAAUGGCUGAAACUGAACCUGGUGGUACUAUAGCUGCCAGCUGCACUUGCUGAUUUGUAACUUACAGAGAAGGAUGAUUUUUGGGAUGAGAUUAUGAGGUUUACUAGGCUGAAGAGAAGCAAUAAAAAACUGAGAACAUUGGGCAGAAAUUUGACAGGAUUUUAUCUCUCAAUUCAGUCAACUGGUGGGGCUGAAUCAAAUGGAGGUCCUAAUUAGUGGAUUAUGUGGCCAAAAUAUCAAGGCAAACUAUGGUUAGAUUAGAGGAAACUAGAGUGAACAGAAAAUGAAAACCAGAAUUUAGUAAUUCAUUGAGAAAAGCAAUAACUCACAAAGACAAACUUUUUGUCAAAUGUUUCCCAAAUUCUGGUUGAAGGUAGUAUGGAAGGAGAAAACGAUACCAAAAGGGGAAAGCCAUCCAAUGGCUGGAUUGGUAGGAAUAAAAAUCUGCGGAACUGUGAGUGUGUAAUAUAAAAUGACAAAAGAAGAAUGGAAAGGCAUGAAGGAGAAUAUGGAGUGAGAUAUCAAACCCAAUUUAAGAGCUGAUAGGCUGCUGGAACAAGAGACUAAAAAGCAGAAGCCAAAACUGGAAUAACACUAUGCUGCUUGCUGUAAUACUUCUGAGUCUUCAAACAAUAGUAUGCUGCAAGCUAUAGUACUUCUGAAUAUUCAAACAAAAGUGUUUCUGACUGUGAAAGAGCUCCCACGACAUUAUGGGUUAUGCAGAGAAUAGUAAGGAAUACAAGAAGAGGAAGGUAUGACUUGGCUUCUCCACCCACCAUUCCAAGGUUUCACCGUCUUGGUUGCACUUGAUUCACCACAAGGCUGCUGCUCCAUUGAAGGGACACAACAGGUUAUUUGCCAGAAGUGCAUUGGCUGUAGUAUCCCUCUUGUAUUUAUAAAAUUAGAAGCAUGUUGUGAUGGACUGUGGGUUUGUGAAAAGAGUGGUGUGGGUCCGUCAAUCUCUAUUAACUGGGAGUUGCCACCUAGAUCAGGGUCUAGGACCCACAACUAAAACUAAAAAGUAACAACUUCAUCUGAAUUGUCUAACCAAAAGUUAGGGUUCAUGUUAGGUUGCAGUCGGAGAAAGUUGUUAAGCACCUCGGUCCACCAGAUAAAAUCCGGACAUCAACCUCUUCAACCCUAGGUAAUUUACAUGUUAUGAAUGGACUAGUUAGGUUUGAUCAUGUUCAAUCUAUAUUGCACACAUAAAUCACAGAAAUAUGACCAAAUUACAAAUAGUGAGAAAAGGGGAUCAAAUCCACAUACAUCCAGCUGCAGUAACAUACAUGCUUGAAUGGUAGAGAAAUCAAGACAAAAACUAUCCUUGCAUUCAUCUUAUUAAAAUGACGGAAAUAACCCUAUCGUGCUAUCCUUCAGCAAGACAUGGUAUUAUCAAUAUUGGACAUGGGGGAUUGGGAUCAUGUAAACAUAUCAUACAACCAUAACAUGACAAUCAUAAUACGCAACAUUUGAAAUACAACUUAUAGAACAUUCAUGAGAAAAUUACUAGACUACCACUACAUCAUAUGCUAGUACUCUAUAAGCACAGGAAUCACAUGUGAUAUGGGGAUGGGGGUCAUGUGAAGAUGGAGAAUACAUCUGAGAUUAUAUACAGAAAUAUUACAGAAGAGACAAAUAAAAUAUGAGAAGGGAAAUUUGUGCAUGAUUGAAAUGGCGAAAAAAUCCCUAAUCUAGCCUACCAUAAAGAAAGAGUGAAAUCAUAAAAAAUCAAAGGAAAAGGCCCUAGAUCUAAGCUUAAGGACUUAAAUCUUUGAAAGGGAUGAAAAUUUCAUUAAAGCAAUGAUAAAAUAGCUGGAAAAUCUUGACAUAAAGAAUUAAAUCAAUUAUAAAUAAUUUGAAAGAUCGAUGAGAAACAGGUGAAAUCCGACAGAAAGACAAAAGAAACCUUUGGAAAAAUACCCCCCCAAAAAAAAACUGUAAAAAUCUGAGAAAAUCAGGUUUGAGUCGUUUGACAGAAAACUCUUAGAUCUACAACUUUUCAAAAGAUAGUUUUUUAAGAAAAUUCACAGAAAUCUUGAAAGAAAAGGUUGCAAGAUAAAACCACAGAACAUAAAACUUGGACAGAACACAUACCAGCAGUGGGAAUAAAUUCAUAAAAAAUCUAAGACGAAGCCUAAAAAAAAAAAUUACAUUGAAGGGAUAACAACCUAAUCUACAACUUUGAUUAAGAGAGUUUUAUAAAAUACAACACGAAAUAACAUAUAACUGAUGCACAACACCGAGAGUUUUAUAAAAUACAACACGAAAUAACAUAUAACUGAUGCACAACACCGCUGCUCCGCUGAGGGCCGCAGUGAUCUGUGCUCAGUAAAAUGAGGAUAACUCUGCUAAAAAAAUUCCAAAUGAGAUGCUGUAAAAUGGAGUUCAUAGAAGACUUACCUCUACAACUUUUGUGAAGAGGUAAAACACUAUUCAAAACCUUAAUCUCAUCUUCCAUGGUAAGUAUAUAUAUAUAUAUAUAUAUAUUGGACUUUAGAUUCUACCCACAACCUAUGGUUAUUUCUACCAAAAUGGUCCUGUGCUUUCUCCCUUAUUCGAACAGUUGCAACACUUCCUUGUUGUCUCUCCCUUCGAGUAUCCAGCAAAGUCCUCCCUCCUUGGUCUUCUUUUUGCUCUUCCUCUUUUCCUCUAUUCUUUAGCUCUUUCUCUCUCUCUCUCUCUCUCUCUCACACACACACACACACACGAUUUCACUAAUGGGGGUGGGGGUUCCUCCAUUUGGUUGGGACUCCUCCCUAUUUUCUCUUGCUAGACAAAUCUUCCCCAUUCCUAAAUUAAUUCCUCCAUCCUCCUCCUCCUCCUCCUCCCUCUCCAAUCUUUCCUUCUCUCUCCCCCCUUGUCUCGUCCUUGUUCAAAUUUUAAAAGACCACCUAAUUAUUUCUUUCUGUUUAUCAAUCAAUCCAAUCUCCAGCCUUUCUUGCACAUGGGAUAAAUCCCUCUCCUUAAAUUGGUUUCUCCCCCCCCCCCCUCUCUAUCUCAUAUUUAUUCAAAAUUUAGAGUUGUCCAUCAAGCCACGAUUUUAGCCUGAGAUAAUGUUUUUCUUUUGUUCAAAGUCAAGUCCCAUAAUAAUCACCUCGAAAUCAGUUCCACCUUUUUGGGGUUCUGGUUCUUCCUUGAACGAAACCCAAUACAAUCUACUCUUAUGCAGUCUUCACAUAUAUACAUACACACACACAAACCCCCACACACUUCUCUGUAAAUUAAUACAUACAUACAUACAUCACACCAAUAUGUUAACACACACACACACAAAUACAUAUAAACAUCAGAUAUAUGAAAUAUAAAAUAGGCAGUGAAAGCUAUUCCUUGUCAUGAGUUUAAGACACCUAGUAGUGAAGUGGCCCAAACCAUUACCCAAAAAAUAAGUGGCUCAAACCAUGGAUGAACUCAUACAAUUGCAUUGACCACUUUAACAUUAGGACCAAAACCCCGUAAUAAACUCUUUUGAAACGUUGCUUCCACGGAGGUUAAAUGCUUGAACAAGGUAUGUAGAGAUGUGGUUGGCUUUUGUUACUGUGUUGACAAUUGAAUGCACUUCUAUAGAAUUGAUGCAGUUGGGCGAUGGAAGGGAUCUCUUUGAUUUGAGAAUUUUACUAUUUACUUUCCUUUUUUUUGGUUUAGAAAUUAGUUUGAUAGUAUUUUAAUUUAGAUUUGAUUUUUAUUUAGUUGCUAUAUAGAUUAGUUUCUAUUUUCAAGUAAGUUGCCAUUAAUUGCCCAAUUUUUCCUUUAUAUUGGACAUGUACUCAUGGAGAAAUUUCAGUUUUGAAUGAAAGAAUUGAAUGUUGGAAUUAAUGGAUGAGUCUGUGGCUGUUGCGAGCCUUGCGUAGUUCCCCCUCCUACUUUGAACUUCUUUCUUCAUCUUUCUCUUUUCUUUUCUUCUUCCUGUCAUCUCUACCUCUUAUCUCCCACUUUUAUUACCUUGUUAUGUUCAUUGGUUACUGUUCUACAUCUCUGCUGGGCGUUAAAACCGACAUCAACAAGAAGCUGGCUGACCCCUGUCCUGUGACCGACUGAAUCAGAGGUUUGGGUCGAAGGAAGCUGCCUUGUAGGCGACUCCAACCCUUAAAUCUUAGACCAAAAACCUUUCUCUGCUGUGAGAAAACAAACCUGCGACAGGGCUGAACCCUAAGCUACCGCCAGGUUCUAUUACAGGUUCCUACUGCAGCCUUCCAACCUGCAGAUCCAAGUGCUUAUCUUGUGGGAUCAAUAGAGCCUUAUCCUGAGAAGCUUCGUUUCGAAUUUCAGGUCCAACCAAGCCCUAUCGAAGGAGUUCUACCGAUCGGAAUUUUUUUAUGUCCGCUGGUUUCUGGUUCUCACGACAAGAAGAAGAAGAAGAACAGGUUUCUUUUAUUUUAAAAGAAUUUUUGCUGUUAUUACAAUUAAGCCCUUGUUCCCAAAAGUUAUAUUCC